AACGUUUGGAUUGGAGGCACCAUGCAAAACAGUGGAAGAUCUCACAAGUGGGUUUGUCAUGGCCCAGGCCCUACAGAAAAUAGACAUUGUGUAUUUCACUGACAACUGGAUCAGUAGGAUCAAGCCUGAGGUGGGAGAUAACUGGCGACUAAAGAUCAGUAAUCUGAAGAAGGUGUUGAAAGGCAUACUGGACUACAACCAGGAGGUCCUUCAACAGCAGAUCAAUGACUUCACCCUGCCAGACAUCAACCUGAUAGAGAACACUCAGACCCUGCAGAGCUGGGCAGGAUGCUACAACUCAUACUGGGCUGUGCUGUCAACUGUGAGCAGAAACAAGAAAACAUCCAGACCAUAAUGAUGCUGGAGGAAUCUGUUCAACAUGUUGUCAUGACAGCCAUUCAAGAGCUGAUGAGCAAAGAGUGUCCAGUUAUUGGAGGAAAUGAAUCGUACGCUGACAUCGAUAGACAGCUGAAGAAGACGGUAGAGGAUCUGAAUGACGCUCUAGUCACCAAGGAGGAGAUCGCACAGAGAUGUCACGAGCUGGACAUGCAGG